UAUUUUUUUUUUCUCCUGUCAGGAUUCCCUCUACUGAACCUCAUUCCAUGUCAUUUUGAGUUUGGCCUAAUUGAAGACUUAGGUUAUGAAGUCGCUUCUCGAUGGCCUCGCAGACACCACCUUCCGCACCAUCACCACAGACCUCCUCUAUGUGGGCUCCAAUGACAUUCAAUACGAAGAUAUCAAAGGCGACAUGGCAUCCAAAUUAGGGUACUUCCCACAGAAAUUUCCUUUAACUUCCUUUAGGGGAAGUCCCUUCCAAGAGAAGAUGACUGCAGGAGACAGCCCUCAGCUGGUCCCAGCAGAUCAGACAAACAUGACAGAAUUUUACAACAAGUCUCUUUCCUCUUUCAAGGAGAAUGAGGAGAACAUUCAGUGUGGGGAGAACUUCAUGGACAUGGAGUGUUUCAUGAUUCUGAACCCCAGCCAGCAGCUGGCCAUUGCUGUGCUGUCCCUCACCCUAGGCACCUUUACGGUUUUGGAGAACCUGCUGGUGCUGUGUGUCAUCCUGCACUCUCGAAGCCUCCGCUGCAGACCUUCCUACCACUUCAUUGGCAGCCUGGCGGUGGCAGACCUCCUGGGCAGUGUCAUUUUCGUCUAUAGCUUCGUUGACUUCCACGUCUUCCACCGCAAAGAUAGUCCUAAUGUGUUUCUAUUCAAGCUGGGUGGGGUCACGGCCUCCUUCACUGCCUCUGUGGGCAGCCUCUUUCUCACAGCUAUCGACAGGUACAUAUCUAUCCACAGACCCCUGGCCUACAAGAGGAUCGUCACCAGGCCGAAGGCUGUGGUGGCCUUCUGCCUGAUGUGGACCAUCGCGAUUGUCAUUGCUGUACUGCCUCUCCUGGGUUGGAACUGCAAGAAACUGCAGUCAGUUUGCUCAGACAUUUUCCCACUCAUUGAUGAGACCUACUUAAUGUUCUGGAUUGGGGUCACCAGUGUCCUGUUGCUCUUCAUUGUGUAUGCGUACAUGUACAUUCUCUGGAAGGCUCACAGCCACGCAGUCCGCAUGAUACAGCGUGGCACUCAGAAGAGCAUCAUCAUCCACACAUCAGAGGAUGGAAAAGUCCAGGUAACUCGGCCAGACCAGGCCCGCAUGGACAUUAGGCUGGCCAAGACCCUGGUCCUCAUUCUGGUAGUUUUGAUCAUCUGCUGGGGCCCUCUGCUUGCAAUCAUGGUGUAUGAUGUCUUUGGGAAGAUGAACAAGCUCAUUAAGACGGUGUUUGCAUUCUGCAGCAUGCUCUGCCUGCUGAAUUCCACCGUGAACCCCAUCAUCUAUGCUCUAAGGAGCAAGGACCUGAGACACGCUUUCCGGAGCAUGUUCCCCUCUUGCGAUGGCACUGCACAGCCUCUGGAUAACAGCAUGGGGGACUCGGACUGCCUGCACAAGCACGCCAACAAUGCCAGUGUUCACAGGGCUGCAGAGAGCUGCAUCAAGAGCACAGUCAAGAUUGCGAAGGUGACCAUGUCUGUGUCCACAGACACGUCUGCUGAGGCUCUCUGAGCCUCAUACAGGAAACAAAAAUCCUUCUUUUUAUGUUUUAAAAAAAAAGCUCAGAAUCUAGAGGAGUCUGUCACCUCGUCAGUUACAGUUUUAAGUUUACCAUGAUCAGUGAAAAGGUGAUCGUCACCAUAAUAACUUUUUAAUUUUCUGAUGUUUCAACAGUUUAGAUACAGUUUUCCUGAGAUUUUCAAAGAAGCCUGCUAUUUCAGUGACUGAAAAGUCUUUCAGAAUCUCAAUUAAGAAGGA